CCACUCUCUGCGACAUCAAGUGUACAUCACGUGUCUCCCCUCCUGCAUUGGCGCUGUUGGGUCGCGACUUCACAACGGACGCCUCGAGGGUCUUCCCAUUCCGGACGCACCUCCGUCUCCGCAUUACUUCCGCACCGCUUAACGUGCUGCACUCGCGCAGGCCGCAGCAGUCAUGAAGGGCUUCAGGCAAAGGGUUCAUGAACAGCUCUCAAGAGCGAAAGACGGCAACAAGUCAUCUAAGAAGAAAGACUCGUCUUCCGGCACCGCAUCGCCUUCGCAGGGCGCCAGCUCCCCCGCCAACGUCACGCCUUCCUCGUCGCAGACACAGCUCGCAGACGCCCGCAAGAACGCGCCCUCGGCAGAUGGCCAGCCCAGCAGCGGCUCUCUGCAGUCCGGUCAACACGGCGCGCCAGGCGCAGCAGGCGGCGCAAUGUUUGGCGGUCCUGGAGGCAUGACGGGCGGAGCAGCCGCAGGCGCCACUGGCGCCGUCGCACCCCACAGAAUGGGACAGCCCCUUGUGCCCAACGUCACCAUCAGCCCAAGCGCUCCUCACAUUCCCCCUCCCGGCGCGGCUGAAACAAUGCCUGGCGACCUUCAACCUCCCAAGGCUGGCCAGAAGUCGACCGUAUUCGAUCGCCUCCAGGCCACUCCGAAAGACAACAUCGAGGGCAUUCGGACGCCAAAGCGACAGCACUCGUCUAGAUUCGACAUCUCCGAUCAGCGUCAGCGCGAAUUGGAGAAGCUGCCGGGUUUCCAUGAGGUGCCACCAAACAAGAGAGAGGAGCUUUUUGUGUCGAAGAUCGACCAGUGCAACAUUAUCUUCGACUUCAACGAUGCUAGCGGUGACAUGAAGUCGAAGGAGAUCAAGCGCCUGGCCCUCCACGAGUUGCUUGACUACGUUGCCAAUAAUCGCCAGGUUAUCACAGAGAAGAUGUACCCACUCGUCGUUCAAAUGUUCGCCAAGAACCUGUUUCGCCCUAUUCCUCCUCCGAUGAACCCGCAAGGAGAGGCUUUCGACCCAGAGGAGGACGAGCCGGUGCUGGAGGUAGCGUGGCCACAUAUUCAGGUCGUCUACGAGUUCUUCCUCCGAUUCAUCGAAAGCCAAGACUUCAACACAAACAUUGCCAAAGCGUACAUAGACCAUAGCUUUGUGCUCAAUCUUCUGGAAUUGUUCGACUCCGAGGAUCCGCGCGAACGUGACUUUUUGAAGACCACGCUCCACCGUAUAUACGGAAAGUUCCUGAACCUCCGCUCUUACAUUCGUCGCUCUAUCAACAACGUCUUCUUCCAGUUCAUCUACGAAACCGAGAGAUUCAACGGAAUCGCUGAGCUGCUCGAAAUUCUGGGGUCAAUCAUCAAUGGUUUCGCUCUGCCACUCAAAGAGGAACACAAACUCUUCCUCACGCGAGUGCUGAUUCCACUGCACAAAGUAAAGAGUUUGAGCAUGUAUCACCCACAGCUGGCGUAUUGUAUUGUUCAAUUCUUAGAAAAGGAUGCCGCGUUGACAGAAGAGGUCGUCCUGGGUCUCCUCCGCUACUGGCCAAAGGUGAACAGCACCAAAGAAGUUAUGUUCCUAAAUGAAGUGGAGGAUAUCUUUGAGGUCAUGGAUCCGGCCGAGUUUGCGAAGGUGCAGGAGCCGCUGUUCAAUCAACUGGCAAAGUCGGUGGCCAGUCCUCAUUUCCAGGUCGCUGAACGUGCACUCUACUUUUGGAACAACGAGUACUUCUGCAAUUUGGUCAGCGACAACGUUGAGGUCAUUCUGCCAAUCAUGUUUGCUCCAUUGUACGAGAACUCCAAGGGUCAUUGGAAUAGGACUAUCCACGGCAUGGUGUACAACGCCAUGAAAUUGUUCAUGGAAGUAAACCCCCAGCUAUUUGACGACUGCUCGCAUGACUAUGCCGAAUCCCAGAAUAAUGCAGGUCAAAGAAAACAGAGUCGGCAAGACCGCUGGGAUAAGCUCGCUCAGCUCGCUGAAGCACGUCAAAAUGGAACCGCGCCACCGCACGAUUCAGAUCCGCUCAGCCAAGGACGAUUGGAAAACCUACGGCUGCAGGAUGACGGAGCUGCGCGAGACAGGCGGCCAAAGGAGUACGAGCGGCAGAGCAGCCAAACUUCGGUACGUUGAUUCUUAAGUCCUUAGAACUCAGGAUGAGCUUUUUCUACGGCCGAAUCGAUGUACUCUUAAUUCUAUCCCUAGACUUCUAGG